ACAACGCAGUAAGCGCUGCUGGUUGGGCUGCCGGAGACGCGGCGCGCGUCGGGCUGGGACGACGGUGGAUACCAUGGCUCGGAGCCUGGCGCUCCUGAAUCCAAGCGAACUGCCGUGGACCUUUCAGAUUCCAACUCGGAUACUGAUAUCCCUUCGGACAUGGAGGAUACCACUACUUGCGUGCACUGUAAAGGGGUUCGAUGCGACUGCUCCGAACUGAGGAGGCAAUGCGACAGUGACGGAGGGGCCAAGUUGCCAAGCUGGUUUCCCGGGGCGGUGGCGCUCGACAGCCUCGUCGAGGCCUUGCAGCUUGGCGUUGGCGGCGUUCCCAUCAAGGGCCUGGAGCAGUUGACGCAGCGCCAGGUCUUCUUUAUCACGGCGUGCCACGUGACCUGUCGCCGCGACGGUGCAGCUUUGUAUUCUCGCCACUGCAAUGGGGCUGUUAAGAGUUCGGUAUCGUUCGCCGGCUCGUUCCACUGCCCGAACGGCUCAAAGAUGAACUCCGGAGGGAAAUGCAUCCUCUUCUGACGCCCUAAUUUUUGUGACGUCACGGGGCCUUGCGUUUGGUGGAUGCUGCUUUGGACGCUUGUGUGCGCGACCAAGCGCGUGACUUUGUGUUUUUGGUUAGUUUCAUGAUGAGUUUAUUAACCGGGACUAUAGGAAAGACAUAGUAGAGCAGUUUUUCAUUGUGCUCCUCUGAAGUAAAUGUUGUGCACUAUUAUUCAGCGAUUUUUCAGAAAUGUUUCGCUGCAUGUGAAGAUCGUAUGGCGUGACAUACUUCUAGAUGUGAAUACUUGAGAACGUGACUCUCGCAAGAAAGACAACCUGCAUCUAAGAACGUGCGUUCUUGAAAGUACAUAUAGGAGACGACUUCCGACAAUCAACGAAUACGACGUUGUGCGCAUCCUCCUGUGUUGCCAGUUCACCUUGCGGGUAUCAGCUGUGUUUAAAGGACAGAACAACGAAGAUGGCAGUGCCUGUUGUGAGAGCCUGCUGCUGUCGUAGUAAACUAGUUCAGCGCCCGAAGAAUCUUUAACGAGCAAUGUUAACUAUAUGUCCACCGGCUCGGAAACCGGUGUAGCUUUUUAAUAUUCGACGUGAAGGAAAGGGGCGCGCAAGCAACA